UUUUUGUUUACAGUGAAAUUUGUCAAGAGAGUUGGUCUCGAUCCAUACCUACCAGAAGAAACGAUAGAGGAAAUUCUAUUGAGAUUGCCUCAUGAGUCACUCAUAACAUUCAAAUUGGUCUCCAAAUCAUGGUACAACUUAAUUAAAUCUGACUAUUUUAUAAGGAAAAACCUUGAUCAUCAUCAUCACAAUAAUGCUACUAUUACUACAGCUUUAAUCUUGGCUAGGAAUUCAGAUUUUCCAUCAUUCAUUAAAUCACCACAACAUAUUAUCCCCAUCUCUUGGGUUAAUCAUAUUCAUGAUCAUGAUCACAGCCUUCGAAUCCAUAGUUUGAAACAACUCAAUUUGCCUCCGAAUCCAAGUGAACUAUUGGUAAAAGGGCUUCAUUGUAAUGGCAUCAUUUGUUUUCCAUAUAAAUAUAAAUCUAAAAUUAUCUUUUGCAAUCCAACUUUGAGACAAUGUAAGAUUUUAGACACCCCAGUUCUACCAAAAUUUUUGUUUAUAGCACAUGGAUUUGGCUACGACAAAAGAACAAAUCUUUACAAGUAUGUCAUGAUUUCACUAUCCACACCUAGUAAUUCUAAUAGCACAUUUAGAGUUCAAAUUUGUAGUUUGAGUACUACAACUAGUAGUGGUAGUAGUAACACUUGGAGAGAGAUUGAUAUUGAGCCAUAUAAAAAUGUGUUAGUAUCACCUCAUCAUGAGGGUGUGUACUUCAAAUCUUUUUAUUAUUGGAUCAUUCAUGGCAUCAAAAUUAAAGGAAUUAUUUCGUUUGACAUGUGUAGUGAGAAAUUUAGUAUAAUAUCGCCACCUCAGAUUGAAGAAAAAAUUUAUCGUCCAAUAAAACUUACAGUGUGGAAGGAAGAAUUAGUUCUCUUUACGAGAAAUAGAGAAUCAUUAUUGUGUGUACCGUCAUUUUCUUUGGAUAUGUGGGUAAAUAAUGGGAGCAAUUCUUGGAGGAAACAUCUUACAAUUAGUCUAACAGAAUGGUAUGUGUUCUACUCUCCCUUGGAUUUUUGGAACCAUGAAGAGUUGUUGAUUAAACCUUCCAAUGAAGCCAUGGUGUCUUACAACAUUCGAACUAAGAAGAUUAGGAGACUUGAUAUUUCCAAGUACUGGUCUCGUUUAACACUCUAUUCAAAAAGUCUAGUUUCAUUUAACAAUUAGUUUUUAGAUUA